GAAUAUCUGGAAACUUCUCGAAAUUAUUUCAACCGCUAUUAGAAGAAAUCCAGUCAUUUUACAUAUUAACGUCGCCACAGAGUCCCAGUCUGUAUUAUUGCAUUUGCGUCAGACGAUAUACAAAACUGAAAUAUAUUUAAAUAAAACAGAACCAUCGGGAAAGUCGGCUAAGAUUACUCAUGUAACAUUCAAAAAGACUUACGCGCCUGCGCGAAGAAGGUUCGUUGACAAGGUCGUUCACGUGUGACUUUAGGUUAAGCCAUUUAAUGUACAGAGAGACAGCGUACAAUAUUCAUACUUAUUAAUAUUAUAAACAAAACAAAAAAGCUCUCCGAUAUCUGAAUAUCAAGAUGCACAGAAGAAGCCGUAGUAGACCUUCUCCUGCUGCAAGCCCCCCUGCACAUGCUCCCCCCUCGAUGGCAGCUCCAGCCCCUGCUCAGCCGCAGCAGCCCGGGCUCAUGGCACAAAUGGCCACGACAGCGGCGGGUGUGGCAGUGGGGUCAGCUGUGGGGCACGUCGUGGGCAGUGCACUCACUGGGGCAUUCGGCGGAGGCAGCAGCUCCGAGCCUGCAAAGCCAGCCAGCACGCCCCAGGAGCCAGUGAGACAGCCUGCCUACCGGCAGCCGGGCCCCUGUCACUUCGAGGUGAAACAGUUCUUAGACUGCGCCACCAACCAGGAUGAUCUGUACCUGUGUGAGGGGUUCAGCGAGGUGCUCAAACAGUGCAAGCUCUCUCAUGGAGUCUCAUCGCUGGUUUAACGUGAAGUGCUGUACAGAUGAAAUGGAAGGAAACACAUAUCACAAGCAACGGACAACUAGAAAACUGGACCGGAAUGUAGCCAUAGAGGACAAAAAAUGCCAAAAUUGGCAUCAUUAUAAAGUAUAGCAGCUAGAAUGGUACAACAGUACGCAUGCAAGCAAUGUGAAAUAUAUUCAGAACUAUAGCUUUCAACACCAAAAGAAAAAAAAAAACUACAUUGAAGAAACAAAUAAUCGCAUCUUACAAAUCAUUGCCAAUGUUAUACUUCAGAGUUGGAGCAUAAAGUUCACAUUUCAAGGUAUUUGACUGCAGGGAAAUCUAGACUGUCAUCACCUCUAUAAAAAGACACACCUUGAGCAUGUUAGUUGGGUUUACAGUGUUGUCAGGCAAUGGCCUGGUUGAAGCAAAAGCUCAUAACAACAAUGUCCUUAUUCUAUUAAAUCAUGUUCAAUAAAAUACUAAAAAAUA